CGAACACAGUAACUAAUGUUCUCAACAUGUGCUUGUAACUAUGGCAGUUUCACAUCAAUGGUUUAUACAAUGGUCACCCCCGUCCAUGAUACUCGCGGACAUCACUAGUCAGUACAACAAUGUGAACGAACGAUUUAACACUUUUGACCAUGAUAAAAACAAGUGGCUAGUGAACAGUGAUGAUAGUCAAACUAAACCCGUGUAUGAACCUGAACAAAGUGACUAUGGAUAUGAUUAUGACAUCGAGGAAAAAGUUAGAAAUGGAGCGACGCAGGCCGCCGGGCUGACGUUGUGGCUCACGAUGCUGGGCCUAGCGCGCGCGCAGAGCAUUCCAGCAGACUUUGACACACCGCCCUUUAGCACCCUCUACAAGUGGAAGCGUGUCGACUUCGAAUUCCCGUCUGCGAUGCACCGCCAACACGCAAUCGCUACUGGCAAAUAUAUCCCGGCGAACGUCCUACCACUAGGCCUCGAGGUGUACGGAUCUCGGGUGUGGGUGUCGCUGCCGGCCUGGCGGCGCGGGGUGCCAGCCACGCUGGCGACCGUGCCGCGCUCCGGAGGCGUCACCUCCCCGCUCCUCAGACCUUAUCCCGACUGGUCGUUCCACAGAGCAUUUGCCAAUGAAUCCAAAAGCUGUAGUGGAUUGACUUCAGUGUUUAGAAUGAACGUGGAUACCUGCGGGCGACUCUGGGUUCUAGAUUCCGGUCAAAUUGACUCUCAAGACAACCCGAAGCAGUUAUGUCCUCCGAGUAUCGUCGUCUUUGACUUGAGAACAGACACACUCAUUGCUAGGUACAAGAUUCCCAAAGAAUAUGUACUACAAGACUCCCUCUUCUCUAACAUUAUCGUGGACACUCGCACUGAAGACUGCUCGGAUCUACACGUCUACAUAGCAGAUACUUGGCGAUUCGGACUUCUGGUGUUCAGACAAAGUGAUGCUACGUUUUGGAGAUUCUCUAAUCCUAUUUUUUAUCCCGACCCCCUAGCCUCCAACUACACACUUCACGGCCUCAAUUUUCAAUGGGCAGAUGGCAUUUUUGGGCUAGCGCUAUCGCCUUUGGACUCUUUUGGUAACCGACUGUUAUUUUUCCAUGCCAUGUCGAGUUAUAGAGAAUUCUUUGUGUCCACUACGGUUUUAAGGCACAGCGUGCGGGUUAAUGAUAGUUCAUCAGAUUUUCAUCUAGUCGGCGAGAGCAGAGGUCUAUCUGGACAAUCAUCGGCUUCUGCUAUAGAUAGGCGUGGCAUCAUGUUCUACGGUUUGGUGUCCCGAGAUAGUAUGGGCUGUUGGGAUACUCAAAAGCUUUAUAACAAAAGGUCGAUGGGAGUGGUGGCUGAGAAUACAGAGACACUGAUAUUUCCUAAUGAUAUAAAAGUUGACCAAGAGGAGCAGCAAAGUGUUUGGGUGAUAUCAAAUCGGCUGCCAAUGUUUCAAGCGGGUCCUUUGAAUCCUUACGACUACAAUUAUCGUAUUCUGUAUGCCGACACAACAGAAGCGACAAAGCAGACUGUCUGCGAUCCCGACGUGCAGUUGCCUGCGCUCAGCUAUAGAAGAUUAAAUGAAUUCCCAUAUCGCCAAAUGAAGCGAGGCACGUUACUGCUGAUAGGACUACUAGCAGGUGCGGUGGGCAGUAGCUAUGCCAUUGACGACAGUUACACUGCCCACCGGAAGGCCAAGGGUAUAGGCACCCUGUUCCGCUGGAAGCAAAUCGACUUCGAAUAUGAAGAUUUACAGGCAAGACAAGCUGCUAUUGACAGUGGGCGGUUCAACCAAACGAACGUAAUAACCCUGGGCGUGGAGCGGUGGAAGGACCGCGUGUUCGUCAGCACGCCAGCAUGGAAGAAGGGCGUGCCGGUGACGCUCUCGUCCGUUCCGAUCGUGGGCUCUAAUGAAUCGCCGCUUUUGAAACCUUACCCCAACUGGGACUGGCAUAAUGCGGAAAACUGUAAUGGAUUCACGUCCGUGUUCCGAAUGGCCGUCGAUCAUUGCGGCAUCAUGUGGGUGCUAGAUGCCGGACAAGUUGAAGGUUUUGAAACUCCUCGCCAGAUCUGCCCGCCGACUAUAUUCGCCAUUAAUCUUGAAACUGAUACCGUGCUAGCGCGUUACCCAAUUCCAGCAGAGUAUGUACUCCAGGACUCCUUGAUUACUAAUAUAGUAGUUGACUCCAGAGACCCUCUCUGUAGAGAUCUCCACUUGUACGUCGCUGAUGUACGGCGGUAUGGACUUAUCGUAUUCAGAAGCUCUGAUGAAUCAUUCUGGAGGUUUAGCCACUACACUUUUUAUCCGGAACCAUUAUUGUCCAAUUACACUUUACAUGGAGUAAAUUUCCAAUGGUCCGAUGGCCUUUUUGGAAUGUCCUUAGGCAAACUACAUCAAGGAGAUAGACCUCUAUAUUAUCACGCUAUGUCUAGUUCUUUGGAGUUUGUUGUGAUGACAUCGGUGAUACGUGAUCCUUCGCGUGUUAGUAACUCAGUGGAUGAAUUUAAACUUUUGGGUGAAAGUAGAGGUACAAUAGGGCAAGUCUCGGCAUCUGUCAUUGAUCGCAACGACGUCAUGAUCUUUAACCUUGUUUCUCAGGACAGUAUUGGAUGUUGGGAUACUCGUAAACCAUACGAAGACGCCAACCUUGGAAUAGUGGCCCAAAGCAGUACCACGUUAGUGUUUCCUAAUGACUUGCGAAUAGAUCAUGAAGUGCCGCAAAUGGCCUGGAUAAUAACAAACAAACUGCCAAUGUAUCAAUUUAAUUUGAUAAACCCGAACGAAUAUAACUUUAGAGUAUUGUAUUUAGAUCCGGCUAAAGCUGUAGAACAUACUAUUUGUCAGCCGUAGAAAGAAAUUGGCAUCAUUGUUAGGAAAAUAUUGUUAAUAAUAAAAAGUGUGAACUUUCUUGC